AUGCAUCAAAGAAUUCAAGCAUAUUUUAAAAGCUAUUAUAAUAAUAAUAAUACUAGUAAUUAUACCAAAAAUAAAAAUGGCGAUCUUGAUUUAACUUCAAACUUGUUAAAUACUAUAGAAAAGAUUUAUAUGAAAAAUAAGUUUAAUGAACAACAAUUUGUAAUAACAUGUUCUAUGCUUAAUAGGUAUUUGAAAAAUGAGCCUAAUUUAUUGAAAGGUUUAUUUCAUUACUUAAAAGAUUAUAAGGAAAGUAGUUCUAUUAAUAAUUUUUCUGAGGGUACCGUUAGCACUACCACUGUCACUGAUAAUAAUAACAUUGUUGAUAUUACUACUACUACUACUACUACUCCAUACAGGGAAAAUACACAAAUAUUAAAAAAGAAAAAGGUAUUUAAACCAUUUGAAACUCAUAAUAAUAAAAACCAUAUAAACUUACAAAAUAUUAAUUAUGCAGAUGAUGACGAUUUAUUGUUGUCUGAAAUCCAAGAUAGUGAUAAAACAAAAAAAAAAAAAAAGGAAAAACCGAAUUCUUUGUUCAAAAGAAAGUUAAAUAAAGAUAAAGCCCAACAAUUAAAGGAAUAUACACCUAAUCCCACACUGCAAAAUAAUUCAAAUAUCACUACAAGGGGUUCACCUACUUUUAGGGAACAAAAUACUUUCCUCCCCCACUCCCCUACAACUAAUUAUAAUUUACCAAGUUUACGUAAGAAACAAAGCACAAAACAAGAACCGUUUAAUGAUGAAAUUCUAGCAGAAAGGACACAAUAUAAUAAAGAGGAAGAUCUACGAAAAAAAAGUACUUGGUAUAAUAAUGAUGCUAGUAAUGAAAAUGCUGAAAAACAAACUUAUAAUCAUGAUGAUACCCCUGAAAAUGAUUUUUUCCAAGAAUAUCACAAUAAUAAAAAAGCGAUAAAGAGAGAAGAGGGGGAUGAACUUAUCAAAUUAAAUCCGAUCUCGUUAAAGGAAAGAACAGAAUUAAUCCCACCAUUUUUAACGAUUUAUAACAAUAAGGCUGGAGAGCAGGCAAUUGUAGGAACUCUUAUAGCAUCUAAUGUUGAAAAUAGUACUGAUGCUACUGCUUCCUCAUUUACAAUUAUGCCUCCCAGCAGAGAUCCGGACGGGCAAUUUACCAAGAAUGCUAAAUUGGGUAGCCAUUCAUUAAUGUUGAGGAAAAAAUUGAAGGACCAAAAGACUGUUAUAGACAAUAAAAAUGCCAACGAAACCAUGUCCAACGUUGUAAAUAACAAUAACCAAAACAAAAGAAAUGAAAAUACUAUUUCCGAGCCACAUGCUUCAAAAAAUGAAGAACAAAAAGAGUUAAUAGAAGAAAGUUAUGAAGACAUCCAAAAUAAAAGAAAGCAAUUACCGGCUUACAAAUGUGGGAAUGAGAUAUUAAAUAUAGUUCGAGAAAACCAAGUGGUUGUUAUUGUAGGUGAAACUGGUUCUGGUAAGACUACACAGUUACCGCAAAUUUUAAGUAAGGAAUAUGGCAAAAAAAUUGGCAUUACACAACCACGACGCGUUGCUGCUUUGAGUGUUGCCACUAGAGUGGCACAAGAAAUGAAUGUUGAAUUAGGUACUUUAGUUGGAUAUACCAUUAGGUUUGAGGAUAAAACUACAAAAGACACACGAAUUAAAUAUAUGACAGAUGGUAUUUUGUUAAGAGAAACUUUAAAAGAUUCGAUGCUAUAUGAGUAUGACUGUAUUAUUAUGGAUGAAGCACACGAAAGGACAUUGAACACCGAUGUAUUAUUAGGUUUUUUUAAAAAUUUAUUGGCAAAAAGAAGAGAUAUUAAAUUAAUUAUUACCUCUGCCACGAUGAAUGCUUCCAAAUUUGUCCAGUUUUUCCCCAAUGCGCCUAACUAUAUUAUACCGGGCAGGACCUUCCCCGUUACAAAUAUUUAUACUAGAUUCCCUGUUUCAGAUUAUUUAGAAAGUGCCAUCCAACAAUGUGUUAAGAUACACAUGUCAACUCCAUUAAACGAGGAUAUUUUAAUUUUUAUGACGGGCCAAGAAGACGUUGAAAUGGCUUGUGGCAUGUUGAUGGAAAAAUUGAUUGCUGUUUAUUCUUCCAAAUACCAAGAGGAUCCCGAUAAAUUACAAAAUGAAAUUUGUAUUUUCCCAUUUUAUUCCACGCUACCCCAAGAUUCACAGAAGCAGGUAUUCAAACCACUAAACAGCACUAAUAAAAGAAAAGUCAUUGUGUCAACGAAUAUUGCAGAAACUUCUUUGACUAUAGAUGGAAUAAAACAUGUAAUUGAUUGUGGAUAUUCAAAACUAAAAGUGUACAACCCAAGAAUUGGUUUAGAUAGUCUACAAAUAACGCCUAUCUCACAGGCAAAUGCACAACAACGAUCUGGUAGGGCUGGAAGAACAGGCCCAGGUACCUGUUACAGAUUAUAUACAGAAUCCACUUUUUUAUUUGAAAUGUAUAAGGAGACCAUACCGGAAAUACAAAGAACUAAUUUGAGUAACGUUUUAUUAAUGUUGAAAUCUUUGGGUGUGCAAGAUGUUUUAUCCUUUCCCUUUAUUGAUCCACCGCCUAAAGUCACUUUAAUGACAUCUUUGUAUGAACUAUGGAGCAUAGGCACUUUGGAUAAUAUGGGUAACUUGACUAAGUUAGGUACCCAAAUGGCCAAAUUUCCAUUGAAUCCAAACUUAUGCAAAAUGUUAAUCAAUUCUAUUGCUUUGGACUGCACUGAAGAGUUGCUAAUUAUAGUUUCCAUGUUAUCAAUUCCCAAUAUUUUUUAUAGACCUAAAAAUGCCGAAGCAGAGGCUGAUAAGGAAAGAGCUAGGUUUUAUGUAGCUGGUUCAGAUCAUAUAACUUUAUUAAAUGUGUACUCACAAUGGAGAGCCAAUAGAUAUUCUUCACAAUGGUGCAAAAAACAUUAUAUUAUUUAUAGGUCGAUGCAAAGAGCUAAUGAUAUUAUAGGCCAAUUAAGAUCGAUAAUGGAUUCAAUCGUCAAGGGGAAUAUGAGAAAGAGUAGAAGGUAUAAUAGUAAUAAAACAAACACAAUACUUGGUAUACAUGACAACAACACUUUUAGUUCUUGGAAAAAUGUCAGAAAAUGUAUUGUAAGUGGUUACUCAUAUAAAAAUAUCGGUAAAAGAGUUGGAUUAAAUAAAUAUAUUUCUUUACAAAAUGGUAUGCCAUUGCAGCUGCACCCAACAAGUUCCUUAUUUGGGUUAGGUGAUCUACCGCCAUAUGUUGUAUAUCAUGAAUUGUUGUUAACCACCAAAGAGUAUAUAACUGUGGUUACUGCGGCUGAUCCAAUUUGGCUAGUUGAAUAUAAUUUAUUAUUUUUUAAUAUUAGUUGCACAGACUCGGCUCAACAAGAAAUUGCUGAGAAUAUACAAAAGUUGAAGGAGAAAAAAUUGAAAAGAUUACAAGAUGACAAGGCUAUGUUUAAUAGCAAUGCGAUUAAAGAACUGGAUGAUGAUUGGGAUGGUUAUGGUACUAGCGGCGACAAAAGGAAAGAUGUGAGUAAUAUUAUGAGUACCAGAAAAUUAUUUAAAAGGAGAAGACGUGGUGGAGGAUUAUAG